AGAAUGCAGCCAAACACUGUAUCAUUGGAAUGUGACAACAUUCGUCGCUCCGCACGAAAAAAAUUCACAUUUGAUUAUGUUGCAGCAGCCAGUGGCAAGAAUCAAGGUGAAGAUGAUCUGAGUGAUGAAGAAGAAGAAGAGGAUGAUGAAGAAGACGAUGACUUUGAAAGAAGUCUCACCAGUGCUCAAAGAAUUUCGACUAAAGUUCAGGAAGAAGUUACAGAAGAAGUUAAGCCAAAGAGAAAAUAUGUGAAGACCAACAUUAAGGAACCAAAACCAGUUCCGGAAAGAGUAUAUGUCCGAGGUCCUUACAAAAAGAAGAACAAACCUAAUAGUUCCGCAGUUUUUGUGCAGCCGCAAGUGACAUCUCCAAAAGAGCAACAAAAACGUAUAGAUAUUAUUACUGAAUCUGAUGCGGAAUUAAGUUUAGAUGCGCCACCUCUGCUUUUGCAACAAGAGGCAUAUUUGAUGCAACAAUCCAUUUCUGGAACGAAACGCUCGGAAGAACACACAAAGGACUUUGGGAUUCGGCAGUCAAAUCGGCAAAGGAAACCGACAGCAAAACUGGCGGAAACUGCACAAGAAGUUGUCCCAUUUAUGGUGUAUAAAAAUUCGCCAUCACCUUCGCCUCCGCCAAUGCUGGAAGUUCAACAACCAACGUCAUCGGAAACCUGUAGUGUAGUUAAGGGGCCGGCUUUGAAAAGGAAAUACAACAAAACCAUUGACGAUGACAUGGACUUUGGCCAUUCUAGACCGUGCUCAUCUAGAUCACUGGCUUCUACCUCAUCCGAUCAGACAGAAACUGGUACACGUCGGUCAAAUAGAACAGUCAAACCAUCACUAAAGAAGCUUGAGAGUUCCCAGUUCCAAAUUGAGAUGGAACCACUCUUACUGGAAAUUCCAACUCCAUCGGGAUCGAGUAGUCUCCCGACAUCAUCGUUGCAUAGUUAUGUCACGAAGCCUUGCCAUAGCAUUUCGAGAAGUUCAGUGGAUUCAGUUGAUGAUACGAUUGAGGCCAUGAAAAGAAGGAUGACUUUAAUGAUGGAUCAAAAUUUUGAUGAAAGAUUUGCAAAGUUUCUCAUCCCAAAAAAAGCACAAUGUACUUCUCCAUCGUCGGAGCAACCGUCAACGUCGUCAUACAAGUUACCCAGAAAUCUGCAACAGUUUGAAAAAAUGCCCGUUGGAACAUUUCUGAAAAAUCGUGGAGUCUCAUCUAUUUUCAAUACAUCGUCCACAUGCGGAGCACCAACGAUUGAUAAAAUGGUUCCGGCAGAAUUGCCAUCUCCAGUUGUACUAUCGGAAGAUAACAACAUUUUCGAAGUCAAGGAUGUGAAUGCAGAAAAUGAUCAGUCGGCUUCAUCAUCAAAACUUGGAGCAUCAAAUGCUGAUAGCGUUGUUUUGGCAGGAAAAAUCCAGCUAUCUGUUUUGUUGUCGAAAUACGAAAAUACAAAAGAAACCGACAAUCUAAAUGUUCAAUCAUUGAUAUCGUCUGGGAUUUCUGAAACUGCGGAUAUGGAAACCGAAGAGACUUUUGAAACUAUUGAUAAUGACGAGCAGUGUCCAGUACUUGAACGAGAGACUUUCAUUAUUGGGGAAAAAGAUUCUGCUAAGAUCAUUCUUCCCGACGAAGCAGUACCACGAAUUGUUGAAGAAAUGAGCAUCAAAACUGUAUUAGAGCCAGAAGUAACGAUGGAAGUAACUGACGAUGUGUUUUCAAUGGAACAAGAAGAUUAUGUUAACGAUAUCGAAAUGACUAACUAUGAUAUGAUUAAAUCUGAAUUAAACGGUCCGGAUAACAAGCCGCCAUGUCAGAUUUCAACUAGCACAGCUGAAGCUGAACUUCCUAUGCAGGCAAUGGAAGAUUUCCAUUUGUCGCUCAAAGAGGAUGUAGAUAUAAAAGAAGAAUCACCAAGUCCGAAGGACAAUGUUGCUGACCGACAUGAAAUUUCCAUUGAGAAAACAUUGGAAGAGUCGAGAAAAGAAAGUUCUUUUGGCAACUCGGAAAACGGCGAAGACUCUGCUGUCAAAGACGAGCAGGUUAAAAAAACUAAGAAUGAAAAUUCGCAGUGCUCAACAGGCACAAACGACAAAAUGAGUACAACUCAGAAGGAAUCUACACCAGCUGCUCCAAUAUCAUCAGCAGUCCCACCUCAAGAAGUUACUGAAGAAAAGAAGGGACAAGAAUGUGUUCCGCUGCGUCAUUCGAGUCGGAUUCAGAAGCUAAAUCAAAAACCUUCCUAUUUCCAGGAAAAGAUUGUCUCGAAUCAACCACCAGGUUCGUCUUCUAUACCGUCAAGUAACAGUUCUCAGGACAAUGAAAACACUGAAAAAUUCGCUUCCAAUAUCGACGUACUCUAUUUCCAAAUGAGAAAAGUGCUUGGAAGAGGAUUUCCUGAAAGAAAUUACAGGUGUUUGGAAUGCAGCUUUAAAACUUCUGAUUGCGAUGCCAUGCAAUUGCACACAUAUUACCAUAAAAGUUCAAAAUUAGAAGACCGAAACUUUCAAUGCAGUGAAUGCACAUUCAAUGUAAAUUCUGCCAGUUGCAUGACUCAACAUCUGAGGAUCCAUAAUAUUGAUGUGACAGAUGAUAAUGUCGUAAAAGCAUAUGCAAAGCAUGUUCGACAGCAGAAAAUUGAAGAAGGAAGAGCGCGAAUGGCGCUGCUCAAUCGAUUGAAUGCGGCAAUAAAAAGACCGAUUAAAGAGCCCGUCCGUGAAAAAAAUAAACUCCCAAUGAGCUCAAAAGCCAAAGCUGCACAUCGUAGCAAGCAGUUCAGCUCAACAGUUGAGUUUCGGUGCGACAAAUGUGACUUCAAAUGCGCUUCAGUGAACAACUCUUUUGAGCACAGUGACAGGCAUGGAUGGAAUAAGUUGUACAGAUGCAAAUUGUGCGAUUAUUCUGACGAUACAAAAGAAGUGGUGGGAUUCCACGAAACCAAACAUCACAACAUUGAUCAUUUGACUCUGGCAAACGUUGUUAGGAAUAUAUCUUGCAAUAUGCGAAACGGAUUCAUUCAGCCAUCUUUGAAUGGAAAUCAAACGCCAACUUCAUACAAAAUUGCUCAACGAUCCGGAGGGGCUCUGAUAAAAUGCUCAUUUUGCGAAUAUCACACACAUGUUGCAAGCGAAAUGGGGCUUCACAUGCAAAAUAACCACCGAAAGGAGACCGGAGCCAAAGAAGUAAUUUCUGAUCUCUACAUGGGUAUUAUGCCAAAAAAUUCUACAAUUAUUUCUGUCAGUACUACAUAUUGAAACGGUUUAGAACAGUCUCGAAAGUUUUAUAUUCUCUGUUGUUGCCAACUUUUGUUUUUAAUUUUGCUGUCAUACCCUUUUUGCCGAUUGAAUGUUGAAUUGUCCUAUUUUCAUUUUUGUUAAUUUUUGUUAGAUUUCACGAUUUAUGCUUCAAAUGAAUGUGUCUAAUAUGCCA